AUGGGAUUUUUGAGUGGUGUGCUUGGUGCGGUGAAGGAUGAUCCAAGCGUUACUACAUACUAUAAGAACAUGGACAAAACACUCAAAAAAAUUAAGGAAAGUAUGCACAAAAAUGGCGGAUUGUCUGCGGCCGUUGAGGCUGUGAGCACGGCGCUGGGGGAGUGGGAUGAGAAGGUGACUGAAAAAACUAGCGCACUUAAAAAAACUUUAACAGACCUUAAAACUAAUAAUAUUAAUCGUAUGCAUGAAUCACUUAACGCACUUAAUGAGCUUGACGAUAACAGUCUUGACAAGGUCACUGGCAGGCUGAUGAGAUGCAUCGGCGAUGCUGGUGAACUUAAAAACGUUUUCGACGACGCCAAAAAGGCGUAUAGAGCACUUGAUCCUGCGCUUCGAGAUAAGCUUCGUGGCGCUGUUAGCAGCGCGGAAGUGCAGGUUAAGGCGUUUGUUGCGGCUGCUCAGAAUGAUGAGCUGAAAUCGUUGGUGGAGACCGCGGAAGAUGAACUGAAAGAGUUGGAUCACUCCCUUAACACGCAUGUUAAGAGCCGUGUAGAGCUGAUGAGCAACAAUAUUGAAGAGCAGUUUGAAAGUAACAUUCGGAAGCCUAUAACGCAAGUUGAGAAAGAUUUUAAAACUGUUUACGUAGAGUUGGGAACAUGGAUUGCGUCGGCCAGACGACUUGUCGAAAAUGCGAUCUCGAAGUGUGAGAAGAUUGUUAAGAUGGUUGAUCCGAGUCAUUCGGAAAUUUACAACAGCGCCACAACCUUGAAAGGUAAAGCCAUUCAACUUAGGGAUGCUGCACAGACAGCUUUGGACACAGUGAAAUCUGAAGUCAGGUCAGCCUUAAAAGUGGUAGGGAGUAUGAAUAUUAAGCUGAAGACUGAUCUGGGAACACUGAGAGAGGCACUCCAAACGGCGAUGAAGCAGUAUUUUGCAGAGCAGUUGGUAAACCAAAUCAAAACAAACGUGGAAGGAAUCAUCAACGGCACGCAUAAUGAUGGUCUACAACAUGUUGUGAAAGGUUUCAGCGCCAGUGCUGAAAAAUUCGUAAAGAGGAGUGAUCAGGGAUUUGACAGUAUCGUCAAGCAGUGGGUGAAAGAUAUUGUGGAAAAUGAUCCGACUGUCAGGAAGAACGUUGAAGAAUAUGUUAGCAGGAAUGAAGAGCAUGGUUUGAAACCGGAAUAUCGGGACAGCUACGGCGCCGACCAAGGUGAGAGGCUUAACGAUAAAAUCGCGACAGAAAUUUCGAAGAAGCUUGCCGCAGAAAUCGCAGAUGCUGUUCAAAUCGCUGAUGGUAGCGACUCAGGUACUAUUCGUGACCGCGUCGAAACUGCGCAGGCUGUUUGCUCCAAAUUUGCAAAUGAUCUUGGAGAUAGGAUUAAGAAGAUCUCAUUCGGUGACUUCGUGCAAGGAAUAGUUACUGCGAUUGAAGACGUCGAGAAUGGAAUUUUAAGCAUCCAGAAUACAACUAAAACUCAAUACCUUAUGACGUCCAUCGUUCGGUCGACUCUCAGCCAGCUUGUUGGUGUAGCUAGAAAAGCAGACUGGGAUCUCGGGUCUUUAACAGGUGAUAAUGCUGACUACGAAUUUGAUGUUGAGAAAUUGGACUCAGCACUGAAAGUGGCUGCGGGGUUGCAGAGUAAUUUGUUACACCUUUUGGGCGACGAAACUGGUAUUCCCGGUACUGGCGCGUUUGUCAACAAGCUUGAUACUACAAUUAACAGUAUACUUGGUAAACAGAUGCCGGGGGAUAACCCAGUUUUCGUUGACCUGGAGAAUGCCACAAGUUUCGCAGCUUACAAAAUGCACGUCAAACAAGAUAAAUCUCUUCUCGAUGCCCUUCUGAACGGUGAGCUACAUGGCCAUGAAGGUAGUGAAGAAGAAAACAAGCUUCCCAACGCAAUUAACAAAAUUAAACUACAAGGGUUGGCAACGUUGGAAGUCGAUAAUAUUACACAAAUCAUGAACAAAGCAUCAAAUGCAUUUGAGACACCUCUGAACACAAUUCAGCAAGAGCUCAAGGAACUAACCGGCUUGGUUACUGCCAUGAAAAGCACCACCUUUAUGGAAAAGGAUGAGACAAAAGGCGUUAAAACUCUCUUGUCGGAGCUCCAGAGUGGGCUAAAUGAUAAAGCGUUAGGUGACGCAGCUAAGGGUCUCAAGAAUAUUCAGACGGAGAUAGAUAAGAUUUUGGGGACGGCGGUGAAAGCGGACAACCAAGAAAACAAUGAGCAUAAUCUAAAAAAAAUUCUCGAAGCCGGUGAAACAUUUUACGUCACUACCAUCCCAACGGAAGCUGCAAGUGCCAUCCGAGACCUACAACGUAACGUUACCCGUGAAAUUGCCAACGUUACCAAAACCGUCCAAACGAAAGCGCUGAACGAAUAUUAUAAGAAAAUCAGUGGCAUGCUAACCAACAUGAAAACUGAGGUCACUUCCCAAAUCGACUCAAUCGAAACAGAAAUCACCACUGACUUCAACUCCGGCGUCAAAGGCCUGCUGCGGAAGGUGAUGGAUCAUGGCAAUAAGACUGCAGGUGAUGAAACCAAUAUGCUUACGAAGUUGAAAAACGUGGCUGAAUCUGCUAAACAAGAUAACUUCAAAAACUUGUCUCAGUACUUUAAAAACCAUUCCGAUCCGGUUUUACAGUAUAUAGUAGAUCAGGUAAUCACCCCUCAGUCAGACGACCCGGGUAAAAUCGUUUUUGAAAUUAAAACAAAAUUCGAUGAAAUGUUAACGCACUUAAAUCAUAACAUUAAAGGUACCAAAAAAGAAAGACCUUUCAACUUUGACCACACUUUCACCUCCCUCCUCACCCACCUCUCCACCUCCCUCGCCUCCCUCUCCCCCUCCCACUUCGCCAACCCCCGGCACCCGGAGCUGCUCGAUGCGGUUAGAGCGGGGCUGGAGGGGUUUGUCAAGGAGUUGGAGCGGGCGUAUGUGAACGGGUAUGAUGGAGGGGAGGAUAUCAUAAUAGUAGAUGCCAGAAACACGAAAGUUACGGAAAAUGGCAAAAAGUGCGCAAAAGUAUGUCUGACAUUGUUCUCCACACUUCAUCACGUAUUAAGUGUAUUAAGGAAAUAUUGUUAUCGCACAUGUAAAUAUAUGCAAAUUAACAAAUCAACUGAACUUGGCAGCUUUUUCAGCGAGCAAGGUUACCGUAUAUCCGACCGAGGUGAACAAAACGGUGAAUUGCAGGACAAAAUUAGUAUGCAAGGCAAAAAAGUUCAUACAUUACUUGUCGAUAAAUUCGAUACAGUUUACAACUCCAAUAAGGAGUUCAAAAACGCUCUUGAAAAGCUUAACGACUACCUUACCGAUUAUUACCAAGUCAGGCACAUCUCCACUUUCACUGCCAAGAGACGACCAUGCAACGUAUUCGAAAUGCUCUGUUGGCUCUCUGGGUUACCGUGCAAUGCAGUGUAUGAAGAUAUGCUGAGUGGCGCUGUGAGUGACCUAUUCGAAGAUCCAAGUAAGCAGGUCGCGGUUGAAGAUGAAGGCCAUGAAAUCACAGUUGCAGACAUGAGACAAGACUCCAUACCGGCGCACCCGUACAACAUGUCAUAUGAUGACACGCAAAAAGCAAUAACACGUCUGUGCUCGAAAUCAUACGAUGUUCUGGCAAGAAUCCUUGGCACCGGAGACGCGUACUCCAUGUACGCCGUCGACUACUGCAGCAAUGCACUAAAUCUUCAUUACCCGCCUAAAGGUGAAGAUUGCCUUCAGCUGCUGCUUGACGUCCUUCACAGAUUAUUACCGUCGCUUAGAUUCUUGUAUAGGCAAUGCGGCGUACGUGCUGCGUACUACGGAUGGGCUGAUUGCCAUUACGGUAAACACGUCGGAUGUGCCAACUGGCCAUGCAAGGACCAUCCAACCGACAAAUCAGCGUGCGAACCAAAGUGUCAACCAACGUGCCAGGCAAAUAGUCAACCAAAUUGCCGGCCAACUUCUCCUUUAAUGUCUUACCUCAAUGACUGUUUACCUGGUCACUUGCCUCAUCAGCUGCGUACCAUAGGCUGCAAAACGGAAUGCGCAACCUGUCCGAAGUCCAAGCCUGGCAUGCCAUGUUUGGUACCGCUUGGGUUUAGACGUUUCUCCGGCCAGUCACGUACAGGCAAAGAACUGCGUGAUACACUGGAGAAUUUCUUCUCCAAUUCAUAUAUCACAACAGUAUUUUGCCUAAUGCCAAAACCGCCAUCUACACUUGCUGAACACAUGAGCUUCGCAAUGAACUAUUUUGGAAACUGGCAGACAGACGCAUCAAGGAAUAAAAACGGUCUUCAAAUAGCAUUUGAGCAAUCGAUGAAGAAGCUAUCAAUACAUCAAGUCGAAGAUGCGAGCAACUUGAGAAGUGCGCUCAGAGAUAUCUAUGGAACAAAGCACAACAAUGAGCCCAGCAAGCUGACAUCUCAUCAGGACUCGAAACAUGCCGAUUUGUUGAGUGUCUGCCUACCUAACGAAACAAAACCAUGCUCCGAUUUGAAGCACCAAUGCGCUCCUUAUCUCUCCUCAACUUCUUCCGAUGCGUACAAUUACCUUGCUGAGAAGCAUUCAGAUCUAUACCUCUCAUGGGCUAUAUAUCUACCGUGGACAUUCUACAGCUACCUGAAAUCCUUGCUGGAUGCUUUCCAACAAAUAGAUUGCGGAAGCUCUGGUUGCACUAAAUGUUCAUGCAAGCCGGGAACACAUGGCGUAGAAUUAAACUGCACGUGCAACGCAUUGAUCAGCUGCCGUGGCGUGACGCCUACAUUCUACCAAUAUGGUUUCACAUUUGGAUACACUAAAAGCAUGUAUGGCACAGACAGAAAAUACUGCCGCAAUUUCAACACGCAAUUAAGCAACGUGCUUAAAUCCGACUACUUCACCAAAUUAUUUGACGCAUGUGACAACUUCCUCUGGAUCAUCCGACAACCAUUCACCUACCUUGUCUUGGCUCUCUGGCUCCUCUCUCUCCUCUACCUCGUCCACAUCAUGGUCAUCCGCCUGGACCUCCUCCACAUCAAAUCGCAUUUAAAUAGUCCCUCGAGUCAUCGCAUCGCUGCUCAAUCACUACUUGCUGCUGGACGUGUUAGCAAGCUUAACAGGGUGUUUUAUCUGCAACCGUAA